UCAUUUGCUUCCGUAAAGGACUUUACUUUUCAGCCGACCAAACCAAGAAGAAGCAAUGCCACUGUCACUGGUUCAAGCAGCUUCAGUGUCCUACUUGAGAUCCCACUCAACGGCUCCUACUCUCUUCAAGCCUUCCUCUGCUUUACUUCUUAAAAAGUCAAUCUUUCCUGAUUCCAAGUUAACAACUUUCCAACGGAUCUUUCGUUCCACGAAUAAAGCCUCAAACGGGUCUGCUCGUGCUUCCUUGCUCGAGACCCCUGUCUUAUGGGCUGGUCGAGUUUGUGUCUUUUACGCGCUUGUCAAAGCUGGUUUAGCUGGAUCCAAGUCUAACCCCAUCGUUUCUGGGUUGGAAAGUGGUGGUGUUGAUGUUGAAGAUGAUGGUGCGGAUCUUGGUUUCUCAAAGUGGAUUCAGAACAUUAAGGGCAAACCAGAAAAGGAUGCAGCUGAUAAGAGGAAGCUGGUGAGCAAAUGGCACCCAACGACAAAGGGAACGCUUAGAAGGAACUACAGGGUACCUUCCAAAGGCGAAGGAAACCGUCUUCUCAAAGCCAUUGCAUCUCUUCUCUCAGAUGAUGACCACUUUAGGGAUGCAACAUCUCACAAGGGUUGUCAAAUACGGCGGGAGAGUGCGCAUGGUCAAAGCGUAUGUUGCAACAACGUGAGAGCUCUGUUUGAUGAGUUACCAACUCCACAUUUGGUGGUUGAGAUCACACCUUUUCCAGCCGGUCCGCUUACAGAGAAUGAUUACCUUAAGGCCGAGAAGCUGGAAAAGGUUCUUAGGUUAGGCCCCAACGUUUGAACCCAUCUGGUACUCAGAGAGAGUGUUCCACUAUGUGUCUAAUUCCAAAAUCUGUACAUACUCUGCCAUCUUUUGACGCUAUCAAACUAUUAGCCUCUCGUCAAGCACAUAUAACUAUCAUUAUCAUGAUUACAAGAUCAUUUUA